AUGUCUCGAAACAGUUCACCUUUAGGACGUAUGCUCACAGCCAUUGACUGCCCCAAUUCUUCAUUGCGCUUUUUGAUUCUUGAUUGUCCAACAGAAUCAACUUUGGACUUUUAUAUGGAAGAAUUUAUGCGACUUAACGUCGUUGCAGUUGUUCGAUGCUGCCAACCGACAUAUAGUGCUAACAGAUUAAAUGAAAGAAACAUUCAUGUAUUAGAUUUACCAUUCAAAGAUGGUGGAGUGCCUCCACCUCAAGUCGUUCGUGAAUGGUUACAACUUGUAGAAAAGAUAAAAGAAAUGGCUGAUCGGGCAAAGGAGGAUAAUGCAGCAGCACCCAUGAUUGCUGUACAUUGUGUCGCAGGAUUAGGUCGAGCCCCAGUACUGGUAGCUAUUGCUUUAAUAGAGAUGGGAAUGAAACCAUUAGAUGCAAUUGAAUUCAUCAGAAGCAAGAGACGAGGUGCAUUCAAUAAACCUCAAAUUGCAUACUUGGAUUCUUAUAAACGUACAUUGAAACCCAAAUCAUCUGCAUCCAACUACUCCCUUCGAUCAUCACUCGGUCGUAUGUUUAAACUUGGAAGCAGCAGCAAGCCAAGCCCUAAUGGUAAUACUUUAUCACAAUUGACCUGA